AUGGCUAUUCCGUGUGGUAAGUUUUUUUGUUGUUUUACUGUGGGUUUAAAAUCAUUUUCUGAAGCUAUUAUAGUGGUCAGGUCAUUGGGAUGAGUAGAGGUGUCUUUGUUUGGAGGGUAGAGGGUAAGGCAAAAAGGCAUAAAAGGGGGAGGACGGGAGGACAUUACCUUACCCUACAGAAUUUGCUGUUAUCCAUUUGCUUACGUCUCAAUCUCUAAUUUCUAUCUUUCAGCUGCCCCACCGCCGAUCCACGGGUUCCGCGUAGUGGCAGCCGGCGAACGUUUCGCCCGCGUCCAAUGGGGCCAUAGGAAACCAUGGCAAACUUAUCAACCAUUCCAUUACGAAAUCGACUGGUGGUCACGAGAUACAAGGACCAACUUUCUGCCCACUCGACUAGUUUUACAGGCACCGACCAGAAGUGCUAUUUUAUCGAACUUGGACUCGAAGAGUAAUUACAGUGCGCGGAUUUUGGCACGAAGCGAAUGUGGAGCUGCUGGAAUGCCUAUUGAACUCAAUUUUGCGACUAAAUCGCAAGGUAAUACCCUACUCCAACCUACAGUAUACUACUCUACCGUACCUUACACUGCGCUUCACUAGUCCUGUUUUGCCUUGCCUUGCCCUGCCUUACACUGCCCUUCCCGACCUUGUCUAGCUUUGCUCUACGCUACCCUUAUUCCUAGUCUACCCUUCCUCUAACCCAACCCUAGCUUUAGUCUGUCCCCAUACUAUCCCUACCCCAGCACUAGCCGUAUUCUUAGCCCUUAAAACUUAUAAAUCUACUAUAAUAUAUAUAUUUAAAAUAUUUUCUUUAGAAAUUCACUCAGCGAUAACACGGGUAAUGCCACACGAAGUUAUACUAAUCACCGUAGUGCUUUUAAUAUGGCUUGGCAUACUAUAUCAUUUCUUCAAAAAAUACGAAAAAAUGACAUUUGUUAAUCCAAACAGGGCAUUCCAGGAGAAACAGUACGAGAAGGUCAGUGGUGGACACAGGGACAGGUAA